AUGGCGAUGGCAGCGCGUUUUAGAUCUGGCCUUCCUCUCCUCCGCCGAGCCUUUGCUGCCGGCAAUCUCUCAGCUGCCGAGAGAUCCGUCGCUCCGAUGGCCGGCAUCUGCCCGACUAUCUCGAAGCUUGAGUUUGCAAGAAGUUAUGCGAGUGGUCCUUCCGAAAAACAGCAGAAUGUUAAGGUUCCUUUGAAAUUGUUUGGUGUCUCUGGGAACUAUGCCUCAGCUCUAUACAUUGCAGCAGUUAAAGCCAAUGUGCUUGACAGGGUUGAGACUGAGCUGAAUACUUUAAUCCAGGCGUCCAAGAAUAGCCCGACAUUUUCUCAAUUCAUGAAGGAUUUAUCAGUUACUGCAGAUACAAGAGUGAAAGCUAUAAAUGAUAUUGGUGCUCGAGCUAGAUUUUCGGACACCAUGAAGAACUUCUUGGCUAUUGUUGCCGAAUCUGGGAGGCUGGGUCACUUGGAACGUAUAGUACAGAGAUUCUCUGAGCUGACUAUGGCUCAUAGGGGAGAAGUUAAAGCUACAGUGACCACUGUGAUUCCUUUACCUCCAGAAGAGGAGAAAGAACUGAAGGAAACACUGCAGGAUAUACUUGGACAGGGGACAAAAGUUAAGGUUGAGCAGAAGAUCGAUCCUAGUAUUCUUGGUGGGCUUGUGGUGGAAUUUGGGCAGAAAGUGUUUGACAUGUCCAUAAAGACCAGGGCUGCCCAGAUGGAGCGAUUCCUACGCCAGUCUAUCAACUUGGAUGGCCACUAA